CUUCAAGAGUAUCUGGUAUAAGCAGGUGCGAGAUCUUUUGUUUGGUUCAGUAAACAAGAGAUACAAGUGUGGCCGAUUUUUGGUUAACGUUCUUCCUUAUCGCUGUUUAUACUAUGUAUUGUUGUUAUUUUGUUAAGAGCGCUGCCCACAACCAUAAAAGCCGCAGAAACACCAUCAAGUUACAUAUAGCAACUACAAAUCAACAGCAAGAUGGUCCUUUCACGCUGCCUGCUAAUCUUCACUGUAGUGCUAGCGACCCUUCUAGCCCCUUUGCCCACUGAAGCGCAGAUCCUGGGCCGCGGCCAAUGCCGCCUCACCGCCAUUCGAGUGUCGGCUGGGGGGACGGUGUGCGAGAGACUCUGCUUCCGAAAAGACUACCGCGGUCCGCCGCUCCUCUGCAGCCGCAUCCCCAGGGAUGGAGUGGUUCCUGUCUGCGGUGCCGGUUGCUGCCGCAGCGGUCCCAACUGCCUGCAGCUGCUUUACUCCUAAGGUCGAUUGGUUAUGACAAAUUUUUACGAAUGUUUUAGCCUUACAUUUUUUCAAAAUUUUAAAAUAUUUAAAAAUACCUGCAAAUUAGAAAAUAUCAAGAGUACAUUUUUCAAUAAAAAGGGUAUCAUGUCUGAUCCCAUUAAACGAUAAAUAUUUGACAAUGCUAAAAAAGAUUGCAAGAAGCGUUUUGUGAUCAUACUGAGUUUCCGUAGGGGAAAUUAAAUUCCGUAUUUUAAAAACAAAAAAACAACAUAAAAGUUGUUUUAAAUUACUAGACAUUUUUUGUAAACUCCAGAUAUUACAUGUUUACCUUUUUUAGCUAGAGUUUAGUUCCUAUUCCUAGAAAAUAUGCUACU